AUGGUUGGUGGACGUGGUCGUGGUCGUCGAGGACAGUUAACCCAACGUUUGGCGGAGCAAGAGUUCGGUAAUCAUGAUGUAGAAGGUCACGAUUUCGAUACCAGUUUCGAAAAUCUGUAUCACCAUCGUGCUCGAGUUUGGGAGCAUCGUGGACGGGAGGAUCGUCAUGUGGACUUCGAUUUCAGAGUGGAUCUGCCCGAGUUUUCUGGUACGUUGCAGGCUGAAGGAUUUAUUGAUUGGCUGAAUGAAGUGGAGCGGAUUUUAGAAUAUAAGGAGGUUCCAGAUCGUGUCAAAGUGAAACUGGUCGCCAUCAAACUCAAAGGUAGGGCAUCUGCAUGGUGGGAACAGUUGAAGCGUUCACGGGAGCGACAGGGGAAAUCCAAAAUUACUAACUGGGAGAAGAUGAAGAAGAAGAUGAAAUGGCACUUCCUCCCUUUCGGCUAUACUCAAACCUUGUUUCAGAGGCUUCAUUCACUAAGGCAAGGCGCAAGAUCAGUCAAUGAUUAUACUGAAGAAUUCUAUCAGUUGGUAGCUCGGAAUGAUUUAUCUGAGACGGAGAAGCAGAUGGUAGCACUGUAUUUGGGGGGAUUAAGGCAGCCCCGACAGGAUGUUCUCAGCCUUCAUUCAUUGUGGACAGUUUCUGAGGCAUAUCAGCGAGCACUUUCAAUAGAGAAACAGCAAAGUAGGAGGCCAGUGGUCAGAGGUGAAGGAAGUCAGCCAGUUCGCCCUCAAGAAUCUCGUCCUGCUUAUCAGCCACAGCGGGAUAGUUCCACCUCAAGUAUUAAGUACUUUAGGUGUGGUAAACAGGGGCAUAGGACGACUGAUUGCAGGAAGCCUGCUGGUUAG